UUUGCAUCGAUCUUCGCUUCCAUUCCACCUGUUCUAGCUAACUAGAAUUAAAACCAGAGAAACAGACAUAAUGGCAGGCAUCAAGCACCUGGUCAUGGCCAAGUUCAAGGAAGGAGCAGCAGUGGAGCAGCUGCUUCUGGACAUGAAGAAACUCGCAUUAGAGUUGGAUAUCAUCAAAUCCUUCGAAUGGGGAGAGGACGUUAUGAAGAACGACAAGUAUAGCCAUGGAUUCACGCAUACGUUCAUCUUCAUGUUUGACAGCGCUGAGGACGUGGCGGCGUACAUGAAGCACCCUCGACACGUUGAGUACGGCAAGAAGUUUCGUGCAGGGACUGAGAAGAUCUUGGCGGUGGAUUUUCCGACUGUUAUUGAUAAGAUUGCGACUGCUUGACUCAAUUAAGAAGAAGGUGUCGAACAAUAAUAAUGAUAUGUGAUAAAUUCACUUAACUAAUGAAUUACUAUUUUUAUAAAUAUGUAUUUCAUGGCCUUAGUGGUAUUUAAUAUAUCGCCACAUCAAUUGCCAGUGCGUAA